CCAGCUUCCACCUUCUGAGGCACCGCCCUUCUCCCCCAAAGUCCCUAUCCUGUUUGCUCUGACACACGCUCUUCACUACGGGUCGUCGUAUCAGGACAUGCGGUUUGUGACCGCUCGGAAGACACGGGAACGUUAGCCGUCAUGACCAUUGCCACCAUCAAUGUCGCGUCCUUGAAGGCGAUCAAGAACUCUGUCAUUGGAAACCGUACUUCGAAGGGGGUUUACGGACGGGAUGAAACAUUUGUUACGAAGCUCGUUGAUGCGCUCAACGACCCCCCUGCUCCUGCUGGCGACUCAGCAACAGCCAUUCGUAUAGAAGCUUCGCACAUCAUCGCAUCCUUGUCGUAUGGCUCGCCGGACGCUCUGCGGACACUACUACGGCUCAAUGCGCCACAAGCCUUGCUCUACGCCAUUUCCACUUUGCAGCCCAAGGAUAGCGUCGCAUUGAAGGCUGCCCUCGCGCGUGCACUUCGGGCACUUGCGAUUGCUGUCGCGGACGCUGUCGGGCCCUCUCAGUGGGGUCUCGCAUCAAGCGUUUCCGAUCUUCGAGUGGAAGCGAAGGUGGCUCUCGACUACCUGUUUCAGCCCGAGGUCCUGGACGUGUACAUUCCCUUGCUUGUCGAUCCAUCGGCCCAGGUGAGCGCCGCGAUGGCGCAGCUCGUCGCGUCCGCGGUCCGGGAUGCUUCGCACAGGAUACGAAUAUCCGAGUGGAGCCCCCUCGUGGAGAGGUCUGUUGAGACGAAAGGGAAGCGUGGUUGGGAAAAACGGGAUCCUACGAAGUCGCCAAGCCGCCUCGGCGGCUGGAUUGCUCGUACGCUCGCCACUCUAUUGCAUCGUAAGGAUGUGAAGCUUCAAGAAGCAGCGCUCUCGGCCCUGGCUGCUCUAGCGAAAGACAACGAAACACUCGCCAUACGCUUAGCGAAGGGCCCACCGGGACAAGACUCUGUCCUUACAGUUGUGCUGUCCUUGUGCAAGUCUAGGAAUGUGGAUCUCCAAUUGGCUGCCUCCCUAUGUGCGACCAAUAUCCUACGCGCGUCAUCGUCUCCAAACAACUCUUACAUUUCGCCGAGCGAUCAGGCUACCGCGAUCACUAUCAUGCACGUCUUGAACCGCGUCAUCGGCUCAGAUACGGCGAACAACCAUACGAAGACUAAAGCUUGCUUCAUUCUAUACUACCUCGUGACGGACCAUAGAACGUUCUGUCAACUCGCGUUUGAACGCAACUCUCUUCAUCAGGUCGGUCAACUCGUCAGCGCCAUCACGCCCGUGGAGAAGACCACGGAAGUGGAAGAGGACGAGCCGGAGAGUGUUUCUCGACUUCGCGAGGCUGUGCUCACGGCAGUGGCGGCUAUCUCCUUAUUCGACAUCGACAUUCGGUUCGCAAUCACGGACGAGCUUCGACUUAUACCCGCGAUACAGGCGAGCCUUUCGCAUCCGUAUGUCGGCGUGCGAUACGCCGCAUGCCAAUGCGCUCGCGCGCUAAGCCGUGCGGUAGCCGCCCUGCGCACCAACAUCGUCGACACUGGUCUGGGCAUGUCCGUCUUCCAGCUAUUUAUGAAGCAGGAUGAGGAUCGUCGGGUGAUGCACGCCGCGUCGGCGGUUAUGUGCAAUAUUGUCACCGACUUCUCUCCGUUACGGUCGACUGUUAUCGAUCAGGGCGCUAUUACGAGACUCGUACAGCUGCUAAACCACGGAGAUGUCGAGCUGAAGCUCAACGCUCUGUGGGCGUUCAAGAAUUUGCUAUAUAAGGCCACACCGGAUCUGAAGCGACAAGUGAUGAGCAGCAUCGGCUGGAGCGAGAUGAACAACCUCCUAACGGAUCCGGACACCCGCAUACAAGAGCAGGCACUGCAUAUCGUACGGCAUAUCGCGGAUGGCGUAGACGAAGUUGACCUUGUAUUCUCGGAGAUGGGUGGUAGCGAGGCAAUGCUCGGCUCCCUCGCGGUCGCAAUGGAGUCUGACGAUGAGGAUGUGGUGUUGCAGGCCGUGUUCGUUCUCGCAAACGUUGCCAACAGCCCCGCCCACCAGCGGAGCAUAUUGUCGCAUCCACGGAUAUUGCAUCGCCUGCGGGAGUGUCUAGUAGAUGCGAAAGUCGAGAUUCGACGACCGGCAGUCUCCUGCGUCCUCGAGCUGGUUCGUCAUAAUCCGCGAAGUCAUCGCGAGCUCCACGAAGCAGGGAUUGAUUCUACGCUGCGGCACAUGUGCGAGCACACUUCACAUGUCAGCGCGAGCCCGACGCUACGCCUUGCCGGAGGGCGACACAUGGGUGCGGAGGAUGAUCUGGAGGUGCAGGAGAAGGCUCAGCAGGCGCUGCAUUGGUUGGAACACAGCUUGGAUAUGGACGUGUAGCUUUGUUCGACGGACUCGUAUCGUGCUUUCGAGGAUUGUAUCGCUACAUGGGUUCCUU